AUGGGGUCCUAUUUCGGUGCUGAUGAAAGAUCGAUUGGCACCGGAAUCAAUCAAGGAUUGUCUUGGUCAUUGGCUGUCAGAGUCAGUAGGGUCGGGAUCUCUUCGGGGGGAGGGUUGCUGGGAAUCGGGGUUUUUUGGCGUCGGCGGGGUGUGGGGAUACAGGAAGUUUGGGGUAAGGAGGUCGAAGGUAAAGGGGACGACGUAGAGGGGACGGGAGAAGGCGGAAAGGUUGCUUGGGUAGGGAGUUUAGGGAUGGGAUUUAUAGGGGUGCUGACUGGGUCUGAAGUAGUAGCUAGGGGAGCAGGAGAUUUAGUGGAAUUUUCAGUGGUAGGAUUUACGGGGUUAGUUUCAGGGCGUGAGGGGGUGGUGACUGGGAUGGGGGAAUCGGAAAAAUUUUCAGGGGGUGGAAGGGGAAGGUCGGGGUCAGGUAUUUCUGGGGGAGGAUCAGGAGUGCGGGAUUCAGGGUUUGGAGGAGGGUUUUUUGUCACGUCAGUCGUCAGUUGGAAACGUACACGUUUUCGCGGGUACGGGCGUCUUGGUCGUGGGGGGAGGUAUUAUUGGUCCCCCUCCGAUCUUAGUUUCCCUGAGGGGGAUAUGGUUGUUGGGAGUAAUGGAGAUAGGAAGGGGGGGUUCGUUGGGGUUGGUUUUGAAUGGGUUGCUGGGAAUAAUAUUGGGGAGAAGGGUUUCGUCGUAUUGGGGUAG